GGCGAUUCCGCGAGCUGAUCGAUGGGAUCAAGAUAAAUGGGGUCCAUGCCGAUGCCAUCCAGAUGAGAUACUUCCCAUUCACUCUAGAGGGGCAGGCCAAGGAGUGGCUGGAUAGUUGGCCUCUGGGAUUGAUCACUACGUUCGCCAACCUGGAAGACAAGUUCCUCACACACUAUCAUCCUCCAUCAAAGACGGGGGACCUGAAGAAGCAGAUCACUCAUUUUGCACGGGAGGAAGAUGAAACCAUUCAGGAUGCUUGGGAGAGAUACACCAGUUUCUUCCUAAAGUGUCCCAAUCAUGGUUUCAAUGACUUAUUCAAGGUGGGCACUUUCUGCCACGCCCUCUUCCCAGAAGACAAGCAGUUGAUUGACUCAUUUUGCGGCGGGAACAUGUUGACCAAGACGCCACCGCAGUUGAAUCGACUCUUCGAAGAAAUGGCAGUGCAGGGAUAUGAUUGGGGAACUGCUAGGAGAUUGAGGCGAGCACUAGGUCGGGGUGUGCAUGUUGUAGCCACCCAGUCAUCUGAGUUGGUGCAAGUUGUCUCGAGAGCUCCCAUCAUACUAUAGAAGACUGUCAGGCCAUGCGUAAGUCCAGUACACCACAGGAGCAGGUGAACUUCAUCAACAAUGCUAGGCGCAAUGACCCCUACAAUAAUACUUACAACGAGGG